AUGACCUGGGAGGUUGUUCAUUUCUCUGAGCGUGUCACUGGAGACCAUCAUAACAUGAGAUGGACUGUAACAUGCAAAAUCGAUGGCAGGGCGCUCGGUACGGCGUCCGGGCCUCGCAAGGGCGCUGCAAAAGAAGAGGCCGCGAGGCGUACUCUUCUUGCUUUGGGUGUGGAGCCACGAUAG